AUGUCGAAGGACGAAGGAACCGUCGUUUCCGAUCUGAUCAACUUUCUCAACGCAUCUCCAACUGCUCUCCACGCCGUCGACGAGGCCAAGAAACAGUUACAAGCCGUCGGAUACGAACAAAUCUCGGAGAAGGAAGUUUGGGAACUAAAAGCCGGUCACAAAUACUUCUUAACCAGAAACCAUUCCACCAUAGUCGCUUUCGCCGUUGGCAAAAGAUAUGUUGCUGGAAAUGGAUUCCAUAUAAUUGGUGCUCACACCGAUAGUCCUUGUUUGAAACUGAAACCGGUGACAAAGGUGGUUAAGGGUGGAAUAUUGGAGGUUGGUGUUCAAACUUAUGGAGGAGGUUUAUGGUACACGUGGUUUGAUCGGGAUUUGACUGUGGCUGAGAGGGUUAUCUUAAAAAGAGAAAAUGCUGGCUGUGUUUCGUAUUCGCAUCGCCUUGUUAGAAUUGAGGAACCUAUAAUGCGUGUCCCCACUUUGGCAAUUCACUUAGACAGAGGUGUUAAUGAUGGAUUCAAAGUAAACACGCAGACUCAUCUUGUUCCCAUUCUUGCAACGUCUCUAAAGGCAGAGGUUAAUAAAGUGUCCUCUGAAAACGGCUCAGUUGAAAGUGGAAAGCAGAAUGACGGAAGGAAAGAAAAUGAUAAAACAGGGUCUAGCAAUGCAAAGCACCACCCUAUACUUUUACAGUUGCUUGCAAGUAAACUUGAGUGUCAUUCUUCAUUCUUCCUCUUUGACCGCCGUUUCGGCUGCCGUUUCCGGUCUUCCUCUUCACCGCCGUUUCCGAUUCCGAUUCUGCAUGCCCGCCCGAUUCCGAUUGCCACCGCGACUGCCUUAUGCCCGCCCGAUUCCGAUUGCCACCGCGACUGCCUUAUGCCCGCCCGAUUCCGAUUCGGAGGUUGUCGUUAUAGGCUGAUGUUUACAUUCCAAGUAAACCAUAAUAUUGUUUCUGGUCUUAAAUACACCAACACUGUUUGGAAAACUGGCCUCAAAGUUGAUAGCACUAAAGAGAUGAUUGGAACAUUCAGCCCUCAAGCAGAACCUUACACACAUGAAAUGCCAGAAGAUACAACACCAUUUGGGUUAUUUGCUAGAGGGACAUACUCUGCUAGAACUAAGGUACCGUUUCUAUCUCCAAGAAUUUGUCGUUCUUCCCCUUGA